AGAACCACCGCCGUUUCAGUUGACUGGGAGACCUUGCGCGGGGUGUAUGUGUUAAUGCUCCUCCAAGUUGACGACAGCGGUGUUCCGUGUUGUGUUAGGAAUCGUUGAAGUAGGUGAUGAGUAUGAUACUUAGGAGGAGGAAGUGUUUGUACCAUGCUCUUUAAAGGCAACAGUUCCAAGCUGGAGUUGUUAAUUGAAAAAAUACAAGCAAAUAAAGAAAACGGCCCCGACAGUGAAACCGGCAGUGUGGCGAAUGAAGAAGUGAGCGUGGGCGGGUCAUCAUGGGACGUGGGUUCUGACGGACGGGGAUCUCUCUCUCCAGCAUCCUCUGCCACGCCCACGUCUGCCUCAGAGACGGACGUAGAAGCUGCGGCCACGGUGGGCGUGACCCAGACCACGCCCUACCAGUGUUCCUUCUGUGAUCGAGCAUUCCCUCGGCUCUCCUACCUCAAGCGCCACGAGCAGCUGCAUGGCUUAAAAACUGACCAUUGGCCGACUGUUACUGCAUGCUCUGCUUUGCAUGUGUCCCCUGCUUCCACUGCCUUCUCUUCUCCCUCCUUGCUUUCACUCUCACAGAAACUUGAUAAAGGUCAGGAAGAGAAAUGGACAAGUGAUUGUCUGGGAUGUGAACUAAAAUACAAGAAAGGGAAGCGCUCUGUUAAUGAUACGAAGAUUAAGAAACCCGGCAGCAAGAAUGUGCGUGUCAGGGUCAGUCGCAUCGCCACAAAGGACAACGCCAGUAGUCAGGAGAUCUCAAAUAAAAGUAAUGUAUUUGAUUUUCAUGGAGUCAACAGCCUCAAAGGAUCAGUUUGUAGGAAGCUUGAAAGAUAUGAGAGUGCGCAACGAAGGGCAAAACACACCUCUAAAUAUCGCAAGAUUGUUAGCAAAAAGAAAGUAUCACAAACGACAAGAGGAAACGAAACUUGUUUAAUAUCGGAGAAAAGGGAUAUAGGACCACAGAUGUGCGACAGUGUGCCAUUGCUUAGCACCGAUUUCAUCUGUUCAAAUCAAGGGCAAUCGCAAGGAAAAGUAGGAAAUCUAUUAACUCAGCGAUGCAAUAAACAUCACAAUUCUGAAACAAACUUGCAACAUCGUCGGUGGCUGCCACUCGGAAAGAAGUUUGCUGAUGAAGCAUUCGAGACGCGUCAUGGACUUGAGAAUGACAGGUUGGGGGAGUCAAUGAUUUUGGCUGAGAAGUUAUCAAGGGAUGAAGAAUUGUGUGCCACAGGUAAUAGAAGUGUUAAAACAAUAUCUAAUAUGUACGUAAGAGACUCAAAUAGUGAAAAUGUUUACGCUGAGGAGACGAUGAAAACCGGUAGCCAGCUGCAAAUGCAAGAAAAUUCUGGAAACCGAUCCUGUGUAAAUGUAUGGACACAAGAUACAGUUUUUACUUAUGUUGAGGAAGAAUUAAAAAACCUAAGAGAGAAUCGUGCCCCAGUUAAUGUAAGUAAUCGUAUUUCUGAAGAAGUGUUUCACUUUAUUGAAAUGGAGCUGAGAAGACUAAAUGCAGAGGUAAGCCUUAAUAGCACCCCCUUGACACAAGGUAAAAUCUCUGAUUAUACAGAAAUGCUGAAAACGCCUGAAGAUAAAGUUUCAUCAUUAUCAUGGUCCUUUAAGGACACAAAGCAGUCGUGUUCAGACUGUGAGAGUAAAGUAAAAUGUCCAAAAUUCAGGCAGUGUGUUACUAGCUCCAGCGAUGAAGAGUGUUCAGAAGUGCGGGGUAAGUUUAAUGCUAAAGGUUUAUGUUCUACCACCUAUACAGACCUUUUGAUGGAACAAAAUGUUCUCAAAGGUCAAGAUAACAUUAGUAUUAGUAAUGAAAAUGUUCUCUGCAUGAGGCAUCUUCAUGAGUUUCCGGGUAAUUUAAUGCAAUGUAAUGCUAGCCCCAUGAAAACGCCUGUUAGCAAUAGUUUUCUAUCCUAUCCUGUAAAGUUUGAAACAUUUCGUCAUGAUCAUAAUGGCUGCGAGAGCCAGGCUUCGCAAGCAACAACAGGUUGCUUUUCGAAUAUGUUUCCAUCGACUAAAGAUAACUGUAUAGUCGAUGAAACACAGGAAAAAGGAAGUGUUGAUGAAAUUUGCUCCAAGAAAGUUGAAAGAACAAAUAAUGGUCGGCUGAGAUUGCACCAAAAUAAAAGAAUGAAGAAAGAAAGAAGGCAAAAGGCAAAAAAAGUCAAAGGCAAAAAGUCAAAGAAAGUCAAUAAACACGCUGCUUAUAAAAUGAGAAAAAGAGAGAAGCCAAAUAUAUCAGAGUGCGCUUGGGAUUUGAGGCAAAGCAGGACUGGUUCCAACAAUGCCCACAGCCACCUCUCACUAAGAGAGUCAAAAAUAAAACCCUUUGCUAAAGGAAAAGACUACUUGUUACAUUGCAGAGUGCCAAGCAGGAGUCGGAACAUUGCAAAAUUGGAUAAGUUUUCCAAGGGACUCUGUGAAACGCAAUUUGAUAAUGGUAAGAAAUUCAAGUCAAACCAAACCUUAUUUUCCACAGAAGCUCAAUAUUCUGCCCCUUGCCAGUCUGUGGCACCACUGGCAACCUUUGACCAGCCUCCUGAAACCCCAGACUAUGGUAGGCCAGCACCUCGAUUUGUUCAGUCACAUGGUAGUGAAAGUAGAUGCCCAGGUAGUGGUACACGGUACAGACAAAUGUUGAGUAAUAGUUAUGAUGUGGACGCAUUUAAAGUUGAAGACGUGGGUCCUUAUUUAUGUUUUGUAAACCAAAACGGCUAUUCUACUUCGUGCCCUUUGCCAAUUUGCACUUGGAUGCCCCCUUUAUUUGACUCCAGAAAUAGUUUUCUUAAGAAUGAAUCGUGUAAACAAAUUUGUAAACCUGUGCAUCAAAAAGUAACGCCAACACCAUGGCCGGAAAUUCUGUUUAGUGGUUUACCUUCUUCCGGUAUUAAUGAUGUCCAAAUUUUGGACUCGUUCAUAUCGCAUGAUCCCUCUAAUCAAUUUCCACCAUGUGAGCAAAUCUGUGGGCAGGUAUGCCCCAUCUCUAGCAGGCAUUCAAGUCCUUCCAAGUCGGACUUGGAGAACAUUAAAAGUAACUAUAUACUAUCUAUGAGGUGUAAAUAUUUACCAGACAGCAGCUCCUGUGGCGAAGAGCUGCCCACGAGAUUAUAUACAGAGGACAUUCCUACAAAAACUGUAACACAUAAUGGGGAAAAAAAUGAAGAUUAUAAGUGUGCCACAAAAGUUGUGAGCAGCAACAGCACCAAAAAUCCCAAGAGACAAAGUUUAAAAAUUAAAACUAGUGCAGUCGAAAAGAACGAUAAAUUAAAUAAUGUGAAAGAUGACUGUAUGCAAGAAAUGUGUUUGCAAACAUGUGGAGGCCAAAUGGUGACAAGGGCAGUAGACCUAUCCCUUCCAACCACUAAGCCCAUUAGCAUUCACAUCAAAGUAAGAACUGGGGGCAAUGCAGGAGAAAGUGGGGAAUCUCGGGAGCUUUCCUGUGAGUCGGAUAAUGAACACACUGACCAGAAAAACACUGCUAGGAUAAUUCAGGUAAGAACUCGCCCACUUCCUGAUGAAUUCAAGUUGGAGAUAUGUGGCCCUGAAAUUUCUACUCGGAGGUGUCCUGAAAAUUUGUAUGCUAUGGAACAUGGCAAAACUAUUUGUACCAAUAUAAAGGGAGAACCAGUUAAAGACACGCUUCCCCUGAAAUCUAAAUGCAGAGAGAGAUUUCCCAGACAGAUCGGGUCUAACUAUAAAAAGCCUUCAUAUUCCCUGGACCACAGCUGCGACUCCAUUGCAAGUGACAAAAUCUCCAAAGACACUAGUGUGUCCAACUGUCUGGAAGAACAUGCAGCCGGUAACAGCCUUCUUGAAUGUACACUUGAGAAUACCACUUGUAGUGCUUUUCCCUAUGAACAAACCCCAAAUAUAAUAUCAGACGAAACUAACAGGUUAGUUUUGCCUAAUGAGCAUCGUAUUCAGUGUAUUAAGACUGAUGCCGGGAGUAAUAAUGGGGACAAGACUGAUACCGAGUGUGCCAUAACCUUGUCAUCAGUGGUGGUAAAGGAGGCCUCAAAAUGGAAGUUCCUGAGGUAUCACCCAUACAUUCUUCCCAAGAAAAGACAGCUGGGGAUGUUUAGAAUAGCGAAGAUGCAUCAAAUAAAUAAUAAUAAUGAAGUGAAUAAGAUCAUCAAUAUUUCUAAAGAGUAUAACUGCAUUUCAGCAAAUGAAUUGGUUAAUAAUGGAAAUAAUUUGUGUACAAGCCCAAGUGUGGGUACAGAGGCGAACCGUCACGAUACAGACCUGAGAACCCCGUAUCCAGAAGCAACAGGUCGUGUAAGGGACCCAGAGCACAGGGCUGCUUCCCUCCCACAGUCACUAGAGUAUUUCAAAGUAGCCAGCACUGUAUUUUCCAAAACAUUUGAAGAUGGAGAAAUUGGCUUGAACACAAAUUCUCAAACUGAGAAUGGAAACAAAAAUAAUAUAAAUGUGCUUCGAGAAGUAUCGGAAAAUAUCUCUAAGUCCUCAAGACUUUUUGCAGAGGAAAGUGCUUCAUUAAAAGACUUGCUAAUUACUACUCAAUGUAAUACGCCAAAUUUACUUGCAAACUCUAAUUUUAUUCGUCGGCCAUCAGACAGUGCUUUUAAUAUUUUUGAAGGAGGUAAUUUAUCAGUUUUACAAGAGUUUGGGGAAAAUUCGGGCAAGCCCCAAAUUUUCCAAGAAAAAUCGAGACCAAUUAAAGACGAGCAUUGCUGGUUGGAAAAACCAUCAGAGACUGGCAAUAUUAGUGUCAAUAAGAAUGGUGAUGGUAAUGAAUCGACUGAAAUGGAAAUCUCUAGUUUGCAGAGUGAUGAGCACCAACAAGAGCCUCCUCUGCCAUUGGAAUCCAUUGGAGCUGAUGACAGUCCUUCCUUGUUAGAAACUAAAUUGAUAGACAAAACAGUGUCGCCUUCGUCUGUUGUUAGGCAAGGUGCUCACUUUAAGCUCAUUCACAAGAUUGCUCCUUGUGUUCUACGACCACACCAGUUAAAGGUUAUCUCGCAGGCAGAUUCUUGUAUUCUACCUAAAGCCAAGAAGAGAAGGAGAAUAAUUGUUUUGAACAAGAAUAAUCUGGAGAAGCAACAUAGGGAUGAUGUAUGUACCGCGUCGCCCAGUCCAGCAGUGCUUGAAAGUUGUGCGAACAACAAAUCAGUUUCUCUGUCUCAAAAAAGCGACAAUUGGUCUCUUGGUAACAAUGCCUCUCCAUCCAAAACACAUGGUUUUAAAGAUUGUGAAGGAAUCAGUGAUGUUUCGUCGUCAGAUGAGGAACCCGUAGAAUCACAUAAUAACUUAGAUUAUGUUUCUUCUGUUAAUGUAGACGCCAAUGUUAAUAUCGACUUGAAUGGUCCUUGGCUUGGGCCCGUGCAGGACAGUGUAUUGGAUCAUGGUGCAAACACAGUAGGUGAAGAUAGAUCUGUCUCUGCUUCACUUGCCUCUCCAUCCUGCCCAAGAAAUGUUUUACCUUCAUCAGACCACAAAAUAUUUGUAACGGCAAUAGCAAAUAAUGUUGAAGCCAGACUCGGUAGUAAGGACUCUGCACCUUCAAAAGUGUUGCACUACGAAAUGGGCCACUCGCCGGCAAUUAACAACGCGAUAAGUGAAAAGGUUGAAAAUGUAAUGGAUGAAACCUAUUUUAAUGGAAUACAAAGUAAUGAAGGCAUAUUCCCAGAAUUCGAAAGGGAAUUUUUAAAUAUUUAUGGAGAAACAUGUCAGAAAGCUGUCGAGAUACUCAACAGUAGCUCGCCAAAUAACUUGGGAGCAGUAUUUAUGGAGAGGAAUGUUUUGAGUGCAGGUGUGAACAGUUUUAAUUCUUGCAUUUAUCAGUUACCGUUGAAUGAAUCUGGAAAGAACACUCCAGACAAAUCUAGUGCCUUCAAUUGUCAGUUAUUUGCACCACAAGAACAUGCAGGAGUAGAAAAACUCGAAGAAACAAAUUUAUUAAACCAUUUAAAUUUCAUUGAUGAAGAAAGUGGAAACAAUUUGAGCACAUCACCAAACAAAACUGUAUUACUCAAUUCUGAAACUAGUGCUAUGAAUAUUUCAUUAGUGAACAACUCAACGACUAGUAAAAGCAGUAAUUGUGAAAUAGAUAAAAGUCUGAAAAUAAAAGAAUCAAGUCUGAGAGAGAGCGAGCCUUUCUUAAAUAAGUUGCACCCAGAAAAUGUUUUGACUUCUUCGAAUAUUAAAUCAUUACCUAAAUUGGUUUUACUUCCCGAGAACAACAAAUUUGAAAGUCCUUCUAGAAAAGAUAGCCAUACUGAGGAAGAGGAUAUCUUAGAUUUAGCUCUCAGAACUGAUCUUUAUGAGUUGAUUACACUAGGCAAUGGAACAAUGUAUUCAUGGCCACAAAUUGAAGAGUCUACAGAGUCUCCCGUCUCCCAACACUCGAAAAAAACCACAGAUAAAGAUUUAGUAGACAAAAUGGAGGCAAUGGAAGGUACAGACAGUCUUUGUGUUUAUGGAAAUUUAAACUUUGAAAAAAGACCAAAACCUCUUUACCAAGAAGAUGAAGUUACCAAUGAAGUUACAACACAGGACAGUCAGUCAAUUUCAGGUCGAAGCACUGAGGGAUUGACUAUGUUGGAUACCAUGGGCAGCUAUUCUAAGAAUGCAGAAACUGUGUUCUUUCUGGAUAACAAUAAAUCAAGCAAGUUGUUAAAUACAUUUGGUAAUGCUCACUCCUGCUUCACCAUUGAAGGGGACGCCGAGGAGCUGAAAGGGGACGCCGAGGAGCUGAAAGGGGACGCCGAGGAGCUGAAAGGGGACGCCGAGGAGCUGAAAGGGGACGCCGAGGAGCUGAAAGGGGACGCCGAGGAGCUGAAAGGGGACGCCGAGGAGCUGAAAGGGGACGCCGAGGAGCUGAAAGGGGACGCCGAGGAGCUGAAAGGGGACGCCGAGGAGCUGAAAGGGGACGCCGAGGAGCUGAAAGGGGACGCCGAGGAGCUGAAAGGGGACGCCGAGGAGCUGAAAGGGGACGCCGAGGAGCUGACAGGGGACGCCGGGGUGCUGACAGGGGACGCCGGGGUGCUGACAGGGGACGCCGAGGAGCUGACAGGGGACGCCGGGGUGCUGACAGGGGACGCCGAGGAGCUGAAAGAGGACGCCGAGGGGUUGGAAAAGAAAGUGAAGAAUUUAUCUGCCAGUGCAUUUUAUCUAUCAACGCAUGCUGACCAACUCCCGUUUCGAUGCGAGUUUUGUGGGCGUCUGUUCAAGCACAAGCGCUCCCGGGACCGUCAUGUCAAGCUGCACACAGGUGACAAGAAGUACAAGUGUUGUCAUUGUGAGGCUGCCUUCUCCAGAAGUGAUCACCUCAAAAUCCACAAGAAGACCCAUGACACUCAGAAGCCAUACCAGUGUACUAUAUGUAACCGCGGGUACAACACCGCAGCGGCGCUCACUGCGCACAUGCAGAACCAUAAGACCAAGCUCACUGCACACGCACUCAAUCAGCUACUGAAGGAUGCUCAAGCUCGAGGAGAAGCCCAUGUUCUCAGCCAGCUCCUGAGGGAUUCUUCAGGGGAUGCUCACACGCAAACUCUGAAUCACUUGUUGAAAGAUACUCAAAAAGAGCAGUUAUUAAGUCCAAGAAGAUUAGAACUAGGAGCAGGGUCUUCACCAGGUGACCUGACUGCCUCGCCAGUGGGGGAGCCCUCGCCAACACUAUCCCCAGUGGCCACUGUCCGCUGUCCCGUCUGUCAUGCACACUGUAGAAAUCCAGCUCACCUACAGCGCCAUCUGUCUCGGUACCACGGGGACGAAAUACACACGGUAGCGGCCGAGCGGCCAGCAUCACGAGGUGGGGGCUCUGGAGCAUCAUCUAUAGGUGGUGCAUCAUCAGCAGCCUCAACCCCAUCACCUCGCCCACCAUCUUCUCUACCAUCUCCCAGGCCUCUGCCCAACCCUCUCCUCUCUCUUGUUGGGGGAAAAUUAGCAUGCAUUUAUUGCUCUAGAGAUGGAUUUCCUUCUCUAGAAGCCUUGCAGCUUCAUCUCCAAUCUGCUCAUGGGUCUGCACUGAAUGGUGAGGUUAGAGACAUGGCAGCAAUGUUGGGUUUGCCCUCCUCUCUUGGCACAUCUCUUGGCGCAAGUGGUUUGACUACAUCCUUAGCCUCGCCCCUCGGCCCUGGAUCGUCACGAGGAGUUAGCUGUGAACUGUGUGGGGCUCGUGUGGGGGGAGUCACAGCCCUUCAGAGACAUGUCGUGACAGCACACACCUUCACGGAUCUGCUAGCACGUGCCGCUGAGGGAGUCUUCUGUGCACAAUGCCUCCUGCCUUUCAGCAACCCAGGUGCCUUGGCUGAACAUAUCAAACUUGUUCACACUGCACCAGUUCUUUCAGCAGUGCUCAAUAAACGCCCACCCUCUCCGCCAACUGAUAAGCCAACUGACUUGAGUAAAAAGUCCCGACAUGAAAACCUUACUUCAGAUCUUCCUGCCUCCACACUACUUUGUAGCCAAUGUAAUGCACCAUUUACAAAUUUUGAAGCUUUCCGAAGACAUCUGAAGUCUCACUUAGAUGGAGGAGAGCAGCUUUCAUCUACAAUGGCUGGUGCAGUGCAACUAGCAUGUCCAGAGUGCCGUCUACCAUUAACAUCAGAAACCUCACUAGAAGCUCAUCUAGCCACCCAUUUGGGUAUUACAUCUACAGAGUAUGGGUGUCAAGCAUGUCUGAAACUUUUUUCAAAGCCAGAUGAAUUACAAAAGCAUUUGAUGGAUAUUCAUGCUCAUCACCUUUACCGUUGUGCUCUGUGCAAGGAUAUGUUUGAUUCUAAAGUGUCGAUCCAGGUUCAUUUUGCCGUCAAACAUAGUAACGAGUGUAAAGUAAACAAAUGUACACGGUGUUCAAUUGUGUUCCGGUCUCAGUCAGAAUUUGAGGGACACAUACGUGUAAGUCAUAUGCGGCGUUCACAAUCUGGUGGAGACCCAGUAUCGGGUAGUGGAUCUGUUGGUGGUUCUGGAGGAUCAUACCGAUGUCUGUUGUGUACUCUAACUUUAAGUUCUGAGGCAGAGUUGGCUGCUCAUCUUGCCACACAUCAAAGACAGUUUCAGUGUUCUCUCUGUGAAGAUGCCUUUUAUGUUGAAUUUCUUUUAGACAAGCACAUGCAAACACAACACAACUCAGAGCUCAAUGGCAAUAUUCCCCAACCAGAGAAUUUGGUAAAGCCCCGUCGUAGUCCCCAGAAAAAGGAUCUUAGGUGUGAUAUUUGUGAUGCAGAAUUUUCUACAGAUUCUGGACUUUUGAAUCACAGGAAACAAGCUCACAAUAUAAAAAGUGGAUCUGGUGGCAUGGCUGCUAAGGUAGCUGCUGCAUCUUUAAGCCUAUUUUGUGCAUAUUGCAGUGAAGCAUGCAAGUCUCGAGGAGACCUUGAGGCGCAUAUGAAGUCUCACCAAGGUAAUGGUGGACGUCAUAAAUGUAAUAUCUGUGAUGAAUUAUGUCCAUCGGCUGCCCUGUUAGCUCAACAUAAACUCACUCAUGUUAAAGUUGUGUCUGGUAGUGCAUGUGCAGUCUGUCGUGAACCCCUGACAUCAGAGCAGCAAUUUACAAACCAUCAGAAUGAACAUCACCAAUCGCCUCUGCCUCAGCCCUGUGUAGUGUGCAGACAGACCCUUGUUACCGACAUGGAAGUUACUGUCCAUGCACGUUUUCAUGCUGCUCAGGCAGCCCAAGCAGCUGCUGCAGCAUCUGUUACAUCGGGUAUCUUCAGUAGUGGUGAAUUGCUCCCUCCUUCAUCAAAUUCCUCCAUUAUCACUACUGCUGCUACUCUCUCUACUAUAACCACAAAUAGCAAUGGCAGCAGUCGUAGUAGUAGCAGUCCUCGACACUCGCCUUCGCUUCGGUGUCCAGAAUGUCAUAUAAAACUAGAAACCAUUGAAGAGGCUGAAGCUCAUGCUGCUGCCCACCAUCAGCAGCAUCACCAAAAGCCACAACAGCAGCAGCAGCAGCAGCAAGGUUUUGGGCGUUCUUUAACAUCCUCUUCUCGUACGUAUCAGUGCAUUAAGUGUCAAGAAAGCUUUGCAUCAGAAGCGGAAAUAGAAGCCCAUGUAGCUUCUCACCUCUUACAUGAAGGAUCGGUGCACGAGUGUCACUUGUGUCGAGCUACGUUUGAUACCCCCCUUCGUCUUCAGUGUCAUCUUAUUGAGCAUACAUUUGAGGGUUGUGGAAGUUUCACAUGCUACAUGUGUUCUUCCGUGUUUACAACUGCAUCACGGCUACAGCAACAUAUGGUGGAACAUGGCCUCAGUGCUCGUCCUUAUGAUUGCCACCACUGCCAUCAACGAUUUUUCUUUAGAGCCGAACUAGAAAACCAUGCACUGUCUCACCCUGAAGCUGCUGAUGGUGGAUGCCGUGAGUGUCUUGCAAGUUUUCCUGAUCUGCCUCGUCGUAAUUUAAGGCGGCCGUCCCUCUCUUGCUUGACCUCUGCCCAACAAGUAGGAAGUCAUAUGACUCAAAAUCGAGCAAACUGCGAUAUGGGGCUACAACGACCAACUUCACCUUACACAGCGUGCACUGGAGAUGAAACUGAUGCAGGACCAGCAAAUGGUCAUGCCACUUCUGUGACAGAUGUUAAAGAUGAAUAGGUUUUGGUGGUAACUGAACAUUUACCCAUUUGGAAUCCAGUGCAAAUUAUUUUUUUACGUUGAAGUAGUAAUCUGUUUGUCAUCUUUCGUGAUCUUUUUGUGGUUUAUUCAUCAAGCGUUUGAAAUUGAGUAUAACAGAUUUUUGUUCAACAGCUUGGUGAUGAGUAUACUGCUUACAUUGUGUUUUUGACUGUGGAACCCAGAUUGUCAAUUGUAUUGGUGUUAGUUUGUUUAAACUUAAUGCUAUCUGAUUUGAAAAUGUGAUUACAUUGGGUCUGGUUUUCAUAUGAAGUAAAGCCACUUGCUGUUGCUUAUAUGAUAAUACUGCACCAAGGAAUGUCACAGGACAUGGAAGUACAAAGUUAGUUUUCCCCUCAAACAUUUGAUUGUCCCUUCAGAUCAGCUAGCAUAAAGUUAAUACAAGACUGGGAAAGCAGUUGCUUCAUAAACACGAAGUGAAUGGUUCUAAAGACAAACUGGUUCUAGGUCACAAGCAGUUUGCAUUUUAUUAAUACCAGUGAAAAUAAUCUGGUCACAUUGUUGCCUAUUUGUUAAAUGUCAUGGAUAUGUUUGUUCUACAGGGUAUCUACCAUCUCAAUGUAAAUAGUAACUUAUAUUUGUUUUUCAUCUUCUCACUCGUGUAGUGUCCAUAGGAACAAACUUUUCAUAAAAAAGGUGGCAGUUAGAUGUUUUGAGACUUGUAUGGUUCUUCAAUAAGGUUCAUCUGUCUUGUAACAAAAAUAGACCUUAUGGAAUAUCUGGAUUAGCCUCAUUAUUGCUCUUGUCACAGUUGAGGAUAGUAUUUGGUGCCGGGAAUAUAAGCUUUAUUUAUUUUUAUGAUUUUUUUUCUCCUCUCGUCUCGGUGUUGUAAAGAAAUGGCAAGUAUUUGGACCAAAAAUGUUACUUGUUUAAAUAAACAUGUGUAAGGAGUUUUUAUUUUUUCUGAAGCAUUUUCUGAAGAAAACAAUUGAGGAAAAUGUGCAUUUAUUUGUUAAAUAAUAUGGUUCAAGUGGAAUCCUGUUGUAAAAUAAGUGGAAUAAAAUUUCACUAUAA